UCAGUCUAGCACAGGACGCCGAAGAAGAAGGAGGUACCGCUUACUUGACCCGUGGACCGACGGACCAGGAGGGCCAUAUCUUCGCUGGGGGCCAAAUACCUUCACCUACUUUUCGACAACGGCGUACGUCACCAGGGACUUCCAAAUGCAGUUAUCAUGGGCAGGCAGGGUCCUGCUCUCCCUCUUCCUGAAGAGCAUCUCCUCGUGCCACGCAGAAGACGGCUUCGCCAUGAACAUCCAGUCCGACCCGCUCUUUGAUUAUCUGGUGAAUUCGAACUCUAAUUUCCCCAGGAGUGGAAACAUCCCAACUGCAGGCAAGGCCACCUUCAACAUCUACCCGACAUUCGUCAGGGACGGCGGGCCUGAACGCGGAGACAGUAUACCCCUCUGCGAAGAAGGCGAAGACGCAGCGGGUGGCAGGUGCCGCACGAACCUACAAUACACGGAUACCCAAGGCAGGGCAUCUAUCAGAGGGCAGCAAACCAGCAGUAGUUCCACUCCAAGGCAGCCUAAUCAACAUCAGGCACAUCCUCCCUCUAUCAACUAUGGCAAUGCUGUCCACAUAGAAGGUAACUUCCAGGGGAAUUCUAGUCCAGGCUCCGCGCAACAUCAGAGGAACGCUUCAAUUACUACCGGACAGCCGACUCACCCGCAAUCACCGCUGGUGUCCUUCAACAUGCAUUCUGAGCCACAUUUUUACCCGAAUAUACCAAGUACAUUCCACCCUUCUGUCCCAAGCAACAAUCACCAACACAAUCCAGGGCAAUCAAGUACUACUACUACAGAGAGAACCGUUUUCAGAAUCAACUCGAAACUGCUCGUAAACACCUCCGACAUUUCUACUCUCGUGGAACUGUUACGUCGACAAGAUCAACAUUUCCACGAAGGGGAAUUCUCCAAUGUAAACAUUAACACUCAAGGCCAACAAAACCCUGAUCAUUCUAACAUAUUUCCAGUGACUUUCCCAGGGCAAACAGUCCAUGAUUCUUCAGCACCAACCAACAAUACCCAGGCGAUGAUACAUGACAUGUUACAGCCUGCCCCACUCCCAGGAGCUGCCACACCAAUACCUGCCUUUCUGCCCUUGACAAGUCAAGACUCUCCACUGACAGAGAGUCAAAGCUUGGCAAUUCUAAGAGGUCAAAUUUCCCCCCAAAAUCUGCAACACCUUCCCAAUGUACCAACUACAGCGGCUACCGUCAUACCCACGUCAAACACCGUGAACAUCCACGUUCCGAGUGGGUCUGCAGUCUCCACGCACCAACACCAAGCUGACAUAGCUGACAUCCUGACUAACCUACAAAUUCUGACCAUUCUGAUGAAUCAGGACAACAAGACAAAAGCAGUUAUUAAUGGGGUUGCACAUAAUAAACAACCACCUUUAUACUUUAACGGCAACCAAGAACAGACCGUUGGCGAGAACAUCCCACAGUUACGCCAUUUUGCCGACUCAACGGGUGUGAAUCCUUUCGAUCAACUCCAAGUUCAAGCGCGUACUCAACCUCUUGGUACUGGCAGCCUGCCACUUUAUGCUAAUCAGUUUGGUUUCACUGCCAACCAACAGUCCGAUACUAAACGUGACUAUUCCCUCGAUGAAAGACAAACUGGGGGUGAAAUCAGAUCUCAUAAACCUUCCCUGUUCAAUAUGCAAGCAUUCCAGAGAAAUGGGAAUCCGAAUGACACGGGGACCAUGACAAGCAAUCCCAGAAUCAAUUCUGCCAGUAUUCUCAAUUCCUGGCCAGGAUCCCAAAGCCAGAAUGACUAUAAUAGUUUGCUCAGUCAACUCAUACUCAAGCAAAUGUUGUUGUCUGAAUCGAAAGACUCGACACACACACUUACCGCCGAACAAAACACAAAGCUGCCAACUAGCACCACAUUUCAGGUGGUAAAACCAGACAACACUCCUCAUCCACAAGACACUCCAGGAGACAUCUUGGAGCUGAAGAAUACAUACACAGUCAACACUACAAAACCUGGUGAUAUUAGAAAACCAUCACCGAACACAAUAUCUCCGGAGACGACACUUUUACAGAGUGUGAUGCCGACAGCCACUUCACCCUUACAAAAUGGUCAGACCAUCUCUUUAUUGACUACAGAUACAAGCACAAGCCAUUUGGGCACAGCAGAGUUAGAUAACAGCAACUCUCUUGAUAGCACACUACAAAACACGCCAUCUUCUGUCUCUCACUUAACCCCCCAAGAAAUACAACAGCUGGAAACGUAUCAAACCCUCGUGAACGCAUUCAAUAAUCGGUACCAAAACCCAGCCGAGGAGGGCCACCAGAAUUACGUGAACGAUGCCACGACACACAGCUCUCAAGAUCUGAUUCUUGCCAGCAUUCUCCAGGCUCAAGUCCUGAAGAAGCCUGACCCUACGCCACCAUUCCUCGGACCUAACGAUCCCUACGUUCCAGCAAUUCACGGCGACAGCAUAGACACCCUGCACUCAUUCUUUGCCCAGCCACCAGCACCAGCACCAGCAUCUGUACCAGCGGCUCCUCCGACAAUUAACCCACCCUUCCGAAACACCAUCCUGCCAGCAGGAGUUCCGUUCCCUGUCCGGGCUGGAGGCGGAGGCGGAGGUGGUGGAGGUGGUUCCAGUUACACCAGCAUCCAGGAGUGUCUCAAGAACACUGCGUGCGCUCUCUUCCUGGCGGGCAUUGUGGCCACCGGGACAACGGCUGCCCUCGCCAUUCCAGUUCUGACACCCCUAUUUGGAGCCGGCUUCCUGGGGAAAAGACGGAGAAGAGGAAUUCGAUACUUUAUCAUCAGACCGGAAAAAACUGUCGAAUUUAUAGAUAAUUAUUUCCAGUACCUCAAUGGAACAAAUACAGAAGAGAUUACUGAAGAGGCAAAGUGCAUUUACGACAUCUUCAGGAACCCUGAUGCAAGCUCUUCAACAGCCGUACUGGAAAGCCUCUUUAAGUACAUAUUUGAAAAUAGAAAUAAGACACUGAUUAUUUCUGCAAAUGAAAUUCUUACCAUCAGCAAAGAUUCCAUAGUAAAUACUUCAUCAGUGUUGUCAGCAAACAACACGGAAAUGGGUAUAACAGAAGAAAUUGUACGUCAAGAAAACAAUAGUAAAAUUAAUAACUCGGCAUUGAGCAAUAUGAGUAAUCACACGUCAAAUCAUUCAGGCUUAUUGGAUGACGACCAGGCACUUUCUAAAUGGACUGCUGAAGAAGCUCAGGACACAAUACCACUCGAUGUAAACUCUAACAGUGAGUCUGACAUUAAUCAGUACAUGCAGACAUUCCAAGUGAGCUCACUGCCAAACUCAGACAGAAACCAAUUAAAAGAAAGAACGGCUCAUUCCGAACACCAGCAGGAGAGAAUUACAGAAUCAGCUUACGAAAGUAUGCAACAUUUUCCCAGUGCAGAGUGGCUUCAAAACAGGUACACUCCCCAGAGGUUACGUCCCACACCACCACCUAAUGUACUCAUAAGAACAGCUCCAAUCUUUCCCAACCUAAAGUAUACGCAUCCUGGUAAUACUUUAGGAGAAAAACUUCAAAAUUACCUAUCAGCUGCCAAAAGUCAAAUGGAAACACACAACCUUUACCAACAUGUACCAGGCUUUCCAUCAUAUAUUACCACCGCCACACAGGCACCUAGUUUCGAGAAUCUUUUCUCUUUUACCGCUCAACUUCCGGCGAAUACACCACAAGCCGACCAUCAGCCUAGGAACAAACUUGGUCUGGUGGGAUCUGAUAGUUUCCAAUCAAAUCAGUCGCAUGAGAACAAUGCCAACGCUUCUUUGGGGAUCAUCAACUUUUAUCAUAACUUGUGCCAUGCUCUCAGUGAACCAGGAAUACCUCGUAGCAUCGUCACUUCCUUCAUCGCACAGAGAUGCUUAGCAUUUGUUCAGGCUGGCCUCAUCCAGUAACAAAUGCCUGGAGCGACUACAAAUACUGAGCAUUAGCGCUUAUACGCCAUUUCGCUUACACGAGCAUGAACGGUUAUGAUCCGUUUAGUGUAAAAAAUAAUUCAAGGCGACCUUCUGAUGUCACUACCAUAUGCAUCCCAAUCUAUAGGUGCUAAGCAGAUUUUGCCUAUAUUUGGGUCCCAAUGACUAAUAUUUUGCACUGAUAUGGGUACAACCACCUAAGAUUGGGAAACCGUACCCAAAACUGUCAUGGAGAAAUUUUCCACACACAACAGCUGGUUCUGAAUGUACUUUACAUUCCUUUCAAGACUUCUGAAGACAGGACGUUAUCCAAACUGUCUGCAUUCCACGCUAAUUCAAAAUCUACUGACCUCAGUACAACAAUCCACAAAGAUUUUCUUACCUCACUGCUUUACCUAUUUCACUAAAUAGGUCCGGGUUACUGGUACCUGACCCUAUAACUGUACACUUUUGGGUUUCGUAUAAUUCUGUUUCUUGUUAAUUAUUUGUUUAUUUUAUUGUUUUAAUGUGUAUUUAUUCAAUAAAUUAUAUCUUAAGAAA